UGCUACUGCUUUUUGUGUGUUGCCGCGUAAACCGUAUAUACAGUUUUGGAUGAGGAGAGCUGCUCACUCAGCUGUUGUGUCAGAUCUGUGGAGCGCAUUGGUCUUGUAUGUCCAAAGACAUUUUAACUGCUUAAUAUUAAUUUUCUUCAUUUAAAACUCAAACAAUACAUGGACUGUAUUGUUAGCUAGGUUUGAUAAUCGCAUAUGCAAGUUAAUCAUCUGAAUACUAGCUAGCUAGUAUGCCUGAAAUCAAACUCAAGCACGUCGUUUCCUGCAGCAGUGAGGACACUACUCACAAAGCAGACAAUCUGCUGAGCUCUGACACUUAUAGGAAGUGGAAAGCUGCAAGGCCAGGAGAGAAACAAACUUCAAUCAUUUUACAAUUUGACAAAGAGGAGCAAGUGCACAGUAUAGAUAUUGGAAAUGAGGGUUCUGCCUUCAUUGAGGUGCUUGUCGGACACUCAACAUCUGUCAAAGAUCAAGAUUUUGAGGUGUUGCUGGUGACAUCAUCGUUCAUGUCCCCCACUGAGAGUCGGGCAGGCAACAACACAAACCGAGUGCGAUUCUUUGGUCCCCAGCAGCUGGUGAAGGCCACCGCUCAGGAGAAAUGGGACCGGGUAAAGAUUGUAUGCAGCCAGCCAUAUAGCAAGACCAUAGCAUAUGGAGUCGCCUUUAUAAAGUUCCACUCGCCGCCUGACAACAGUGAUACCCCUGCAGAUACUCCACCUAAGCUGACUAAACUGGGCCAGUUCCGGGUGAAGGACGACUCUCCAUUGUCAGGCUCUAGCCUUCAGCCUGGCAGCCUCUUCUUAAACAGAGAUGCUGCAGCCAAAGAUGGUGCAGGACUCAAAGUUUCUCCCCAGAGUGCCAAACUGAGCUAUGCAGCAGCCGCACUGCAGUCAGAGUCCUCCGUUCCGAGCCCCUCAAAGGCCAGCUCACCACAGGCUGCUGUUAAAAGGAAGUUUGAGUUCACUAAAGAGCGCCAGGAGGCUCCAGGACCCCCAGCCAAGAAGCCAAGUCCAGUGGGAUCCCCACAAGCCAGUUCUGUUAAGGCCAAGCUCAGUGCUGCUCAUACACACAUCCCCAGCACAGCUAAGGGCAAAGCAGCUGCUUCUGCCCAGAAGACCCCAGAGAAGAAGCCUGAGAGUGUCGCUAAACCCAAAGCCAGGCCCAAGAGUGAGGAGAAUGUCCCGUUCAACAAGAUCAUGGAGGGAGUCGUGUUUGUGUUGAGUGGCUUCCAGAACCCGUUCCGUGGGGAGCUGAGAGACAAGGCGCUGGCCAUGGGGGCACGUUACCGCCCUGACUGGACCCCUGACUCCACACAUCUCAUCUGUGCCUUUGCGAACACCCCCAAGUACAGCCAGGUGAAGGCUGCUGGGGGUCUGAUUGUCCAUAAAGAGUGGGUGCUGGAUUGCCACAAACGGAAGCAGAAGAUCUCCUACAGACGGUAUCUGAUGGAUGGAGCAGAGUCCAGCUCAGAGGAGAGUACCCCAGAGAAAAAUGGAAGAAGUGAAGAGAAGAAAAAGAAAAUCGCUGAGAUGAGGCAGAGUACCCUCGAGAAGCAUCAGGAGGAAGUUUCAGCAAAGACGGAGGAACCUUUCAGGGGAUCUACCAAAGAUGGAGGUGAAGAUGUCACACUUCCAAUGCAGGAUGAAGAUGAGGAAGACUCUGGCAUGGACACUGAGGAUGAACUCAGGAGGGUAGAGGCACAGAGGAAGGAGAGAGAAGAGAAGGUAGUAAGAGAGGAGUCCAGGAGGAGCGCAAGAGAGCGGGAGACGGAGGACGAUCCAUAUGGAGGCUCCACGGAUGAGAACACGGAUGCUGAGGAGGAGGUGGAUAAACCCAUUCCAGAACUGCCAGACUUCUUGACAGGGAAGCGGUUUUAUCUGUAUGGCAAGUUUGCAGAGAACCAGAGGCGUCUGCUCCAGCGGUACAUCGUUGCCUUUAAUGGGUCGGUGGAGGACUACAUGAAUGAGAAGGUUCAGUUUGUCAUCACCAGUCAAGGUUGGGAUGAUGCUUUUGAAGAAGCUCUCCUGGAGAAUGAGAACCUCAGCUUUGUGAAGCCCUCGUGGAUCUUUGCUAUUAACGAUCGGCAGAAGAUGUUGCCCUAUCAGCCUUACACUGUGGUGCCCUAGCUUUGGGACGCAAGGCAGCAAGGCAGCAAGCCUUCAACUGAACAUCAGCGGAGCUCCUCUCCUCAACACGCUUUUUUGGCCUUUCACCUAUUUUACAGUCGGGACCAGUCAUGUGUAUGGACUCUGCCUGUUACCACUCUUCAGAGUAAAGUUCUGGUGGGCUGCUGAGGAGGGUGUGUGUGUUGGUGGUGGUGUUUUUUAAACCAUCACAGAGCUUUGCGCAACUACACUUGGCUCUGCUCUGGAGCGCAAGCAGGCAGACUGGUCCUGUUCAGUUGUUCAGUAGCAGUGACAGGUGAGCAGCUGCUGUUCUUCUCUUCCCUCCCUGCAUUCCAGGCCACCCACGCAGCUGGCUGGCUGGCUGGCCUGUGCACAUCCAAUAUUUAAUUAGGUUCGUUACACCUGUUAGCAUACUGAAACGGAGUAGGAACAAGCUGCCAUGCAGCUCUGCCUGCUUCUGUAUCAUCAUUUAUUCAUCUGAUCCAUAUUUAUCUGAUUUUCAUGACUUUUUCUGGGUUAAGUGGGAUGUUGUGGUGCAGCUGAGCCUUUUUUUGUGGUUUGGUGAGAGGUCUGUGGGAGGACUAUUCAAGGUGGAUUUGUCCCACCACACUUUCCGUCAUGGUGUGUUAUAUGAAAUGCUGCUCCGCGAUGAAGGCCUAGAGCUUAAUGCAGCUAUUUCAGUAAAAUGCAAAUUUAAAUGGUUUAAAAUGGUUUAAAAUGGUUGUUUUCAUUCUCGCUUAAUCUCCAGCUGACCCUUUAAAAAGGCAUAUGGUGCAAGUAGGUGUAUUUUUAUUAUAAUUGUAGAUUUCAACUUGAAAGUAUUGUUCUUUCUUCUUUUUUGCAUUUUUUUUGUCCUGCUGGUAUAUUUUUGUAUGGUGUAGACUUUUCUACUAUUAAUUAGUGAUUAAAAGGAGGCUUUUUAGACCA